UGUGCGACAGAGAGAGCAAAAGUCCAAAUGGGAGGAGGGGGUAAGGAGAGGAUGGAGAGAUAAGAUACGAAGUUGUUUUUAGUUAUGGUGCCAGCUUACAAGUUGUUUUUUGUAAUGCGAUGGUUUGUUUGAUAAUUUGUGAAUAUGGCUGACAUUUGUGAAAACAAGUUCUUUCCCCGACGAAAUGAGAUUUAGUCGAAAUUCGCAAGUGCCGUGGCGAAGUCCGAGUGAUUAUGUGAUCGAACCGUCCGAAAUUGCCCCUUGUUGACCUGCGGGCUUUGACGAGUUCGUUUAUCAUCCUAACCUGCGAAAGUGAUACGUGAUUUUGUGUUAUGGUUGUAUAUUUAACGAGAUUUCUGUGAUACAGUGCAAUUUUGUCCUCCUCUCAUGUUUUCACCUAAAUUCGAUGUAUUCUAAUGCGUCUAAAAAUGGAGGUUCACAGGCAAAGGUAUUAUAAUGACAAAAGUGAGAAAGAGAGUAUCCAUUCUGGUCAUUUCAUGAUCUCUGACUUUGAAGCUGAGGCUCAAGAUGAUGGUGACGAAGUUCCAGGACCAAUUCCUUUACCAGACAAUAAUACACAGCAGAAUAUCAUCAUGAAAAGCAGUAAUUUAGCAACAAGUUACAGAGCUGGAUUACAGUCACGAUCGCAGCUUAACAUUGAAACGUCAUUAACGGAUCUAUUCCAGUGCAUGUCUCUAGCGUACCGUCAAAAAUUGACCUCUCCAAAAUGGAAUCGAUUCAAGGGAAUAAAACUUCGGUGGAAAGAAAAAAUUCGACUCAACAAUGUGAUUUGGCGUUGCUGGCAUAUGCAAUUCAUCACAAAGAAAAAUUCUUUAGUCUGCCAGUUUGCAUCUCCUCUUGAUGUUGAUACCCACAACAAACCUGAGGCGGUUGUUCUGGAAGGCAAAUACUGGAAACGUAAGUUGAAUGCUGUCACUGCUGAGUACAAAAAAUGGCGCAUGUUCUUCCGAAACCAGGCUCUUGGAGCCGCAAAAGAUGGCCAAGAUGCGCUGGCAGAGGCCAUAGAAUGGAAGACUCAUAGUUUUGAUAAUGGAAUGAUGAUAGAUGAAGAUUACAUGGAAUUUAUGAGUGACACUCUGUUUUCUUCAUUAUCAGCCAAUCAACCAUUUGCAUUUCCAGACACUCGUGAAAUCGCUCGAAGCACAAACCUAGCGGAUUUCAUUCAGCCCAGUCUUGUUCAGCUUCAGCCCAACCUAGAUGAUUUCAUGGAUACGUUAGAUCCACCAGAUUUUUUUUACUCCAAAUUACCUCCAGUACCUGAAGAAUGUGCCACCAACGGAAGUUCUGACGAAGCAUUCAAAGUUGAAAGCAGCUUUCAUGUUCCAUCUGCCAACACAUUGCCUCAGCAGCUAAGUCAUCAGUCCGAUCAGUUAUCGUCAUCUUAUUCAAGUGUGAAGCACAGGGACAGAAUGAAUUUGAGCGAUCAACAGGUGAGACCCUACCAUUUCUCACAGCAGACGCAGCAAAGCAGUCAGUUCAUGUACAACGCUUAUCAAAAUCAGUAUCAGCAACAGCAAGAACAAUAUCAACAGUUACAACAGUCUCAGCAGCUUCAUCAUCAGCAUCACCAUCAGCCAACGCAACAACAGCCUGUGCAAACGCAACAUCAUCAUCAGCAACAACAACAGCAGCAGCAACAACAACAACAGCAACAGCAGCAGCAGCAGCAACAACAACCAACACAACAGCAGCAGCAACAACAACAACAGCAGCAGCAGCAUCAACAACAGCACUCAACAGCAGCUCACCAUCAGCUCCAACAUGCACAUCAUCAACAAACUAUGCAGCAGUCUCUUGGUUUAAGCAGUAAUGUUCAAAAUUAUCAAGCAGCAAGCGGCACUCAGUCGUAUCAGAUUCCGAACUUGAACACGCAGUCAUAUCAACAGUCUGUCUCAGCAUCGCGAGCUACAAGUGACUAUUCCAGUCUGGAAUACAUGGACAUCCAUCAAUUAGCGUACAAUAAUCAAACGAACAACUCUAGCGAAUCAUAUUCUAGUCCAUCGACAGAAUUCAAAGUGCCAUCAUCCCCUUCAUCUGCUUUCAACAUGCACCACAAUCCGAGGCCAACACUUCGAUCAAACAGUCUCCCACUUAUGAAUAACAGCCCAUCUAUGCUGCCUUCAACGGAUGAUCCAACCCCAAUGCAAGGCGCAAAGUUGAAGCACCGAGUCCGAUCAAGGAACAAUCCAGGAGCAUUAUCAAGUGGAAGGAAAACCUCAGUUCCAAUGCAAUCGACAAGCAGUGAUGCAACUUCACCAAGUGCCCUUCUCACCCAGUUACUGACGUCAAAUGCUGGAGGUGUACAAGCAAGCUAUUCACCUUCAUUGACAACACAAGCCAGCACAGAUAGCAGUAAACCCUCUUUCUUUGGAUUUGAUUCUCAAGUGCCAUUUGCGUAUCCGCCCUCCCAUUUACCUCCUGUCAAACGAUCCAGGACUCCUGAUCAUGUAUUAACAUCCUACACGGAUCAGUACGUUUAUAAGACGACAUCGCCUCCUGUAAAUACUAAGUCUCGAUCUGUUCUUCUUUCUAGUCAAAGUGAGAGCUCUUUAUACAGCCUAACCAACAAAAGUACUGAGUCGCAGCGACUUUUCAAUGUGUUUGGAUUGGCAAACAGUGCAGCCUCCAGUUGCGGACAGCCAAAAAUACAAGGCCGACGCUUUUCAACCAAUGAGAAUCCUUAUGCCCGUCGAGAUAAAUCUCAAACUAUGACCAGUAGUGGCAGAUUAAGUAGUUAUGGAGAAAUGUCUAAACCUCACCCAUUUAUACAUGGACUCCCGCAUCAAAGCACAAGUUUAAACUCAAUGGCUACUAGCAUGCUAGGAAGUGCAUCUAGCAGUCCGAAGUAUCCUGAUUCACCAGGCACAAGCGAGAGUCUUAGCUUAUCACCACUGAAUGUUGGAAGCCCAUCUAGAGCUCCUGUCUCUCCUCCAUCAAAACCCUCAACAUCUGCCUCGCCUUAUAAGGAGCAUCGGAGAGUGUGUCACAUCAAUGCGGAACAGAAGCGGCGUUGCAACAUAAAGAAUGGCUUCGACACCCUCCAUUCGCUAAUACCUCAUCUGAAUCAUAGUUCUAGUUCUAAGAUGAGUAAAGCUGCAAUGCUACAAAAAGGAGCUGAUUAUAUUCGGCAGUUGCGGGCUGAAAGGAGUCAAAUCGAAGAGGACAUGGAAAAUUUACGGCAGCAGGUGGAAUCACUUAACUCUGCGAUAAGCAACUGUCAGUCACUGCUGCCCGCGACAGGAGCGCCUAUAUCAAGACAUAGAGCAACCAAAAUGAAAGAAAUGUUCGAUGAUUACGUUAGACGUAGAACACAAGAAGACUGGAAAUUUUGGCUGUUAAGUCUGAUAUGUGAACCUCUCCUGACUUCUUUCAAUACUGUGGUGUCAACGGCCAGCGUUGACGAGUUAUGUCGCACAACUUUACAAUGGAUUGAACAGCAUUGCUCUCUCGUUCACCUCAGACCCAUUGUUCCUGACGCAUUGAGGAAUCUUUGCACAUCCACAGAUGCAUUAACCGAACCUAGUAGGUUACCCGAGCAAGCACGAGCUGCUGUGAACAAACGAUGCAGUAAAAACUGACGAUAUACCUGAUCUCCGUCCGGAAAUUUCCUGAUCAAGCCUCUCUUUAAUUGGGUAUUUGUUAUUUAUUAUUUACCCUUCAACUUUUUUCUACAGCUUCACUCAAUGUAAGUGUCUGGCUGGCCAAUAAAUUGAUUGCCUUCAUUUGAAAUGUAGAAUUUCUUAGUUUUCUGCCUCCAGAAUUUCAGUACGAAGUUUUACGAUUGUUACUCUUCCCCAAAGUAUGUAAUUUUUUUAUUUUCUCUGUUGAGCAUAGGUUGUUUUUUGCAGAAGCCUGACGACUCUUGUUUUUUCAUAAUGUCAAAAGUUUUAUUCAAUUGUAUAAACUCUAUUUUUUUCUAUUUAUCAAAGAUUCAUCGAAGCUCAAUUUUGAAGUUUUGUUUUCAAUAGUGUUAUUUUGUUUUAUACGCAGCAUGUACCUUGUUUUAUUUGCAGGGCACUGUUUAUUUACUGUUCUGUUAAUGAAGAUUCUGUAAUCGUUAGAAAGAAUCAUGAAAUCAUUUUUUAAUUAAUGUUGGCUUUGAGUGCACAGAAUCUUAUUUUAUUAGUAUCAAAUAUGUGCUGUUAAUAUCCCUCAAGUUACCUGGUUUGCUAAAGAUAGUGGUAGGGAAAGUCUUGUUUCUGUUCAGAGUUUAUUUUAAGUGAUAGAUAACUCUAAAAUUUUAGAUUUUUUUCAGUCAAUUUAUGUUUUUUGUUGCUGCUCUAGUAUGUUUCAAUGUGUGAUAAUGUUUCUCGCCACUUUCUUUCAUCAUAUUCUCAUACAUUUACCACUUUACGGCGCGUGUACUCCCAUUGUGCUGAAAAGCCCAGUUGUCUGUCGUUAUAAUUUAUAUCCCAUAAAUUGAUAUGGAAAAGAUUAUAAAGAAAAUUCACUUAUAGCUAACACCAUGCCUGAUCACAGACGUAAGCCGUUUUUGCUUUCUUGGAUCAUAGUCAAAGUCCAGAAAAGAUCUUCAUAAGAAAUGUCGGCAGUUGGCAUCGGCAGUUGACAUUUUAUUAGACUAAUAUUCCAGUGAAAUCAUUUUAGAAAGGGAUUUUCUAGCCGAGAGAUGCAGAAAGUUCUUUGUCCUCACAUCUUUUUCUCUCAUGCUUCACGAUUUUUGUUGCAUUAAAAAGCGCACUUAAUUACUUUCUUUUCAUAAAAGAGCUUAUUAAUCAUUUCAGGGUUGCCACAAUUAGGAAAAACAAAAAAUGUCCAGGAAUUUUUAAAAGUUAGAGAAAACUUGAAAGUUACCUUUAUAUGCUUUCUAGAAUGGGUUUAACAUUUCAAACAACAAAUUUUGCCUGCAAACCAUUUCAAAUCUUGUCUUUUUAACCAUCUGGUAUAUCUUCAGUUGCCAAGGAAUUUUACCAAAAUGUGUCAGGGAUUUAUUUUCUGAAUUCUUUGGCAACCUGGACAUUUCCUCUUCAAAAAUGUAAUGCGCUCAGCAGUUUCCUUCUAAAAAAUUACCACGUUUGUGCCUUCUGCGUUUACAUUAUACUUUUCCCCCUUUUCAGGUGCCUUAUCACUUUUUCUUCCGUUAGAGAUACCUUCUCAUCUCUGAGGCGACCGGUGGGUUGAGCACUUUCUGCACCCUUGCUUCAGCCCUCUUUACCAAACAUUCAUUCAUUUUCUCUGAAAUGACUUAUUUACGCUCUUCAGUGUUUUAAACAUACAGAAUAUUUGAGCCCAAUAGCUUCCUGUGGCCGUAGGGUUUUUAUCUUCUAUUCUCUUUUUUUCCUCUGUGAGCCACAUUUUGAGAUCAAGCGCUCAAUUGACAUAAAUACCCAACCAAUAUAAUUUCAAACAUUUUUAUUACUAAUCAUGUUCAUAUUUGCUAUUUUUUCAUUAUUCACUCAUUUUGUGUAAGUAACAUUGCUAAUUUUAUCAAGAGCAAGGAAGCUGAAUCACGUUUAAAGUACUCUAGUGCUUUAAAGUAUCUCAUUGCAAAUAAAUUUCUCAAGUUGAAAUAAAACUUAUCAGUGAUCGCACAUCAAGAAGGAGAAAGUGGAAAAAUCCAGUCUUGAAUUCAAAUUUUCUUGAUCUCUCAUUUGUAAAUAACCUUUUAUUAGGAUUCUUUUUUAAUUUGUUGUUGUUGUUUUAUUUGAUUGUUCGUUAGUCUUCAUGGCUUUGAUCCAAGCUGAACACAUAUGUCUCAGUUUAUGAUGCUCAAUUUCAUCCGGGUAGGAAGCACCUGUAAAUAUGAACUAAUUACGUACAGUAAUUUAUUACCAAGACGCAGCUAAUGCUAUUGUACCAAUAGUGUUGCGACUAAUUGUGAAACAUUCACUUCUUUUUUACGCAUGAACUGUGUUUGAUGUGUGUAAAAAAAUAUCUGGCUGGAUCUGCAAAGGGAUACUUAAUUUUCCAGGAGAAAAUUUUUGGUAACCUCUUGCAAAUGCAUAUGAGGAAAAAAUUCGGACAUGCUAGCUCAAGUUUGACCCUUAAAUCUGUAUAAUUGAAGGGAACAUCAGUAUUGAAGUUCCAAGACAAAAAAUUUUAGGUUUUGGAAAAACAUGGUAUAAGUGUUUCCAAAAAGUUACGGAAAAUUUUCUCUUCGGAGAUCAGGUCACUUUUCACAGGUCCAGUCACACAUAAAAACACAUCAUUUUGCUCAUUUUAUAAAUUUAAACUAUAAAAUUAUAUAAUUAAACGUGGAAUUUAUUUUUAAAUGUAUAUUUCUGGUCAGCCAUUCUGUCGUUUUGAGGAAAAAAGCUGUAUGAGCGUUUGGACAUUGCCAGAUUUAUGCUAAUAGGAACAAAAUUUGCAUAUGUGCCUGUAUAUUUUUUUUAAAACUUUCAAGAGAACUUCAUUCACAAUUUAAUUUACCAUAACUUAAAAUGUUGAAGAUAAAUAUUCAUAACUACAGUAGAAAUUGGAUAUUAAAGCAUCGCUUCAAAUGACACAUUAGUCAUAACAACAGGAUCCGGUCAGUCCUGCGACUAAAAACCCAAUGAUUUUAUGUAUUUAUGCAUGAGUUAUAAUGGCGAUCAGCUGGAAUGACCAAAUGAGGCCGAUUCCUAGGAGAUUGUUUCAUCCUAUUUCUACUGUUUUCUCGAAAAAACAACUUUCAAAUGCACCAUAUUUUGCUAUUUGGAACUACAAUUCCCAGCUCAGUUCAGAUACAACGUAUGUGCUGUAGGUUUUCCUAUGCAUAUAAGAGCUUUUACGAAGGAGCCAGAAAUUUUAUUUCGUAAUUGCACAAGUAGUUCAAAUGCUCAUACAGUGUUCUGCCUUGCGGCAGCAUAAUUUCUCUAUCCCCCCCCUUUUCUUGCCCAAUGCUUUUACGAAGGCAUGUAGCUAUUGCAAGUAAAUUUUACGCGUUUCUUUUUCGUGCUAGCUACUGAAGAAAAUUAAUUUCAUGCUCAUAACUCAGAGCUCAUGUGAUGUCAAACUUUUGACUAGAAAGUUGACAACUGAUGAGCUGCGUCCUGUAAAGUCAAUGAUUCAAGCAUUGUUCACACAUUUGAUAAGUCAAGGGAAUUUCCUCAGGUUGCUAUUUUAACAGUCAUCGACGUAUUCGUCCAUGAUCAACGAGCAAACAAUCGUUGGAUGAGUCAAAUGAGGAUUUUUUUUUUUUUUUUUUUUUUUUUUUUUUGUGUGUAUUGAAAUUUCUGUUUCAUUUCUUGCCAUUAUUUCCAUUGAAUUUUUUUUUCAAAUAACUGAAGUUUUACGGUUUUACACCUGCGUAGCAACUAUUGACAGAAAGUGAAAGCUAAAAAUUAUUUCUGUUUUGUUUUAGAAGUAAGCCAUAACUACCUCUGUUUUGUAAUUUAUAACAAAAAUAAUGAACAACUAGUGCCUUGAAUGUUCACUUUAUGGAAAAACCUUGAAAAAUAUUGAUGAGCAGUCGCUCAGUAAUGAAAGCUCUUGCAGAAUUGAGCUUUUCAAUGCUGCUUAUAAGAAAAAUAUCAAUUUUUUAAUUGACAUAAGCAUGUUUGUGAAAGCUUUAUUAUUAAUUAUUGUCUUCCAUUAAUGGCAGUGAGAAAAAUAAUGUAAAAGUUAUUCCAGAUUUGAAAUAAGUAAGUCUGUCUGACAAUGAACAUCCCCUUAAUGCUUGCUAGCAUACAUAUGCAUAUCUUAUACAGUGUACGGAGAAAGGAGUAUGUAUUGAAGAAUAAUUAUUACAAUGGCAGCACUGAGGUGAAUCUUCAGUCAUCUUUGGGUGUAAAAAAAGUAUCAAAAUAUAGAAUUCAUAUGUUAAAAUACUGGUUUUACUGCAGAUUUUCGGCAAAAAGUAGAUCCAUGAAUAAGGAAGUCGUAUUUUUUCCUUGAAUCUCUUAGAAAUCUUGUCAAAAAACCUCUUGCAAAGCCAAUAUUAUCAUCCUCUGGAAUUUACCGAUCUAUUUGAUAAACUCAAGUGCCAUAAUUUGUUUAGUAUAGUUACGGUUUUAUGCAGGGUAUUUCCAAUAUUUUUUUGCGGAAAAUACGCCUCCAACUGAAGAGAAUCUGUUUUCCCCCCCCUUCUUUCCAGGAAUAAGAUAGAAAACCAGUAUUUUAGUAAAGUUUGUUCUAUAUUUUGGGGUUUUCCUCUCUUGUAUUGAAGGUUUACUCAAAAGUCCUGUGUGAAUUUGUAAAUCUUACCAAAAUACUUUUUUCCUCACCUUGCCAUAUUUAAAAUAUGUUGAGCUUUUAAUCACAAUACAUAUAAUUUUUAUACCUUUAAAAGUUCAUACUUUCAAAUUAUGAAUUUCUGCUGUCAGUAAAUCGUGUGAAGGAAUCAGUCACAUUAAAAAAUGGAGGGUAUAAAUUAUUAUUAAAUUGGUUAAAUGAUGUGUGCUGCGUGUUUUUAAUCUCUCACAGAUUAUCCUGAUUAAAGUUAUGCACUUGGUUCAUUAUCAUUUAUUUGAACUGGUCUUGGGAAAUUUGAUUUGAAUCUAUCAAUAAUGAGGGCUCUCUUAUUGGUUUGCUUUUAUCAGGGAAGUUUUGUCCACAUUGAAAAUAUGUACAUUGUUUUAUUGGUUAUCAUGAGCUCAUGUACAGAAAUGUAUCAAUGGAAAAAUUGUCUGUUUUGUUGAUUUCUAGUUUAAGUUCUGUUAACUUACCUACUUUGUUAUCAAUGCAACAAUUAACCCGAAAAUGUACAUUAUUUUUUUACCUAACCUCUCUAAGUUGAUCUUUCACGUAAUUGGUCCGAUCAGCUUUUUUUGAAGUAUGCUACCUCUUUUGUAAAAUUUAUUUUGGUGUAAGUCUGUCUAAAUAACCGUGCCUUUUGAAAUACUCGUGGAAUGUACAAAGUAAUGUGAUGCAAGGUCGAUGUUGACUCUUGGUUCAGAUGAUGUUUUUGAAAGGUGACCAAAAUUUUAUUUUUCUUGUUUUUUUCAUAUUACUGUUCAAGUGAUUAAAUAAUACAGCUUAGGUUUUGUAAGAUUCAUUGCAUGGAUCUAUCUAUGGUCUCUGAGAAACUUUCUAGUGUAAGAUGUCCAUUGUUUCGUAUACAGCCUGAGACCACCAUUGCAUGAAACACUCAAUUUCCAUGGUCACAGGUUUGGUAAAUAUCUUGCAUAGGUAUUUUGUAACACUCAUGAGCAAGUUUAGCAGUUCUUGGCAACAUACACCGAUUAUCUAAUCGUUUUUUUUUUUUUUUUCAUCUUUACAGCGAUGUUGGCAUAAUUUUAGGAUUCAGUGAAACAGCACAUUUUAUUGGAUGCGGGCCUUUCUUACUAUGGAUGCACAGGUUCAGUUGUUUUGCUUUUAUUUGAGUGACCUGUACAUCCACUGUGAGAGAAGUGUAUUCUCCGAAAGAAAGUAUCAACCUAGUGGUGGUUUUGUUGUAUAGCACAGUGGCCAGUUCCUUUUUAAAUCAAAUUAAUCAUUAAAAAGAGCUUCUCCAAGAUCGACUUUGCAAUACAGCAUUGGACUAAAAUGACCGACUGUGCAACGCGACCCUCCUCAUCCCACGCACACCUCACCUCAACCUUCGAAAGCUUUCCGUUGCAAUGCGGCUGAGCCGAUUAUGCUCAAAUUAAAUACUAGACCAGUCCUAUGUAAGAAGUUUCUCCGCUAGAAAAUUUAGAGGAAAAUCCUUAAAUUUAUGUGAGUUCCUGCAUUGAAAAAAUUGGGCCUCUUCCCUCUCCCUGUCCAAAUUAUAAGGGAACUUGAUCUUCGGUUUUUCUUAAAGCAUACAUUGUCCUACUCUUGUACUUUGCAUUACAAAGAGUUUCACCUGGACCUAUAUUGCACUAAUAGAGAAAAGUUAAAAAUACAUACAUGUAUUUAUUUAUCCACAUGACAGGAAUAUGAAUCCAUAUGACAGGCAUAAUUUCUACCUUAAACUCAUGAUUAAAGCUCAUUGCAUGGUCUUUGGUCCAGGUCUGACGUAAGUAAAGAACUUAACGGCGUAAUGCUUUCGGAAAGUACUCUCAAACUGAAACUAAUUAUGGAAAUGAAAGGUUUAACUACCUAUCUGAUCAAAUUGUUUUUUCAUUAAAAUGAGAUCAGUCUUUUUAAGAGAACCAAAUGAAAAAGAACUGCAAUUGCUAAAAGAAAUGAUGUAAUUAAUUCUAAAAAUUAUGUUAUAUAAAUCUAUUCAGAUCUACCAGCUAGUAUUCAAUGUUUUAAUUGCAUAACCAGAAAUCUUUUAAGGUGGAAACUUCAGCAAGUAAUUUUAAGGAUCCAGUGUUUCAUGCAAAGAUUUAGAAUUAUUCAUGCAAAACUUGUUUGUUAUUUUACACAUAGAAUAAAAGUUUCAGAGCUUACCUAA